AUGUCUGGAAACCUCUGGUGGGAGGUAUUGACGUGGCGCCGGCGUCUCAGCCGGUCCUGUGACACUGCUGCGCUUUGGGGCCCUGCUGGCUGUGUAGUGGCUGGCAGAGACCAGGGCCACCGUACAGGCCACGCCACCCUGGUGUCACGAUCACGCUUCGAGGUUGACGUUGGGUACCAUGUUGACGUCAUCGCUGCUUUCAAACAGAUGCCUUCCAAGAACUAUGAUAGAAGACAAGAAAGUGGAGUUUCUUUGUUUGAGGAUUAUAAAAGACUUAUGGAUGGUCUCGGUGCCAUUCCAUCAGUAGAGAUUGAGCCUCUCCCUAGAGGUGUGAUCCAGGUGUUCUCUGCCCUGUUUGAAGGCAGCCAGACAUGGCCAUCAGAGGUUCCUGAAGCUGACCUGUCCUCCAUUGACCCCUCGUUGACAGGUCGUCUCAUGCCCUUCCAGAGAGACGGUGUCAACUUUGCGGUGUCCAAAGAUGGCCGCCUCCUCCUGGCUGAUGACAUGGGACUGGGGAAGACAGUUCAGGCCAUUUGCAUAGCUGCCUACUACAGGAAAGAGUGGCCUUUAUUAGUGGUGGCCCCUUCUUCUGUCAGAUUCACCUGGGCUGAGGCCUUCAGGCAGUGGCUGCCCUCUGUGCAGCCUGACCGUAUCAAUGUGAUUGAAGGGAAAGACAACCUGAGGGGUGGUCUGGUCAACAUCAUCAGCUAUGAUCUACUGAGCAGGAUGGACAAGCAGCAGGCCGCUAACCCCUUCAAUGUUCUCAUAAUGGACGAGUCCCACUUUCUGAAGAACAUGAAGACUGCCCGCUUUAAGGCUGCCUUGCCACUGCUCAAGGUAGCUAAGCGUGUGAUCCUGCUGUCGGGGACUCCUGCCAUGUCCAGACCCUCAGAGCUCUACAGUCAGAUCCUGGCUGUCAAGCCCUCCCUGUUCCCCCACUUCCGUGACUUUGGGACCAGGUACUGCAAUGCCCGACAGCUGCCGUGGGGUUGGGACUACUCUGGCUCCAGUAACCUAGGAGAACUGAAGCUGAUGUUAGAGGAGAGUCUAAUGCUACGCCGUCUCAAGUCAGAGGUCCUCUCUCAGCUUCCUGCCAAGCAACGCAAGGUUGUCACGGUGACCACAGACGGUAUCAACACCCGCAUCAAGGCAGCUCUGUCUGCCGCAGCCAAGGAUCUGGCCAAGGGACAACACAACAACAACAAGAUGAAGCAGUCUCUUCUGGUGUUCUUCAACCACACUGCUGAGGCCAAGAUUAAAGCCAUCAUGGAGUACAUCAUGGACAUGCUAGAGUGCGGAAGAGAGAAGUUCCUGGUGUUUGCUCAUCACAAGCUGGUCCUGGACUUUAUCACCAAGGAGUUGGGAGAGAAGGGUAUCGACUACAUCCGUAUAGACGGCUCCACGCCGUCGUUAGAGCGGCAGCAACUGUGCGACCGGUUCCAGUUCACUGACAAGAGCUGUGUAGCGGUGCUCUCUAUCACUGCAGCUAACAUGGGCAUCACCCUGCACUCCGCUGCUUUGGUGGUGUUUGCUGAGCUAUUCUGGAACCCUGGGGUAAGGUCUUGACCAACCGUUUAACCCCCUAGAGUCUGGCCUUCGCGGAAAUCAAAUUAACAUAAUAUGAAAAUCCCCUUCGAAAUCGGUCAGUUUACGAUGGUUGUCUGCGUCUCAAUCAACUGCAUCCGCUAUGUAACACUUCCUGUGGUGAAACAACAGACUGCAUCCGCUAUGUAACACUUCCUGUGGUGAAACAACAGACUGCAUCUGCUACGUAACACUUCCUGUGGUGAAACGACAGACUGCAUCCGCUAUGUAACACUUCCUGUGGUGAAACAACAGACUGCAUCUGCUACGUAACACUUCCUGUGGUGAAACAACGGACUGCAUCCGCUAUGUAACACUUCCUGUGGUGAAACAACAGACUGCAUCUGCUAUGUAACACUUCCUGUGGUGAAACAACAGACUGCAUCUGCUACGUAACACUUCCUGUGGUGAAACGACAGACUGCAUCCGCUAUGUAACACUUCCUGUGGUGAAACAACAGACUGCAUCUGCUACGUAACACUUCCUGUGGUGAAACAACGGACUGCAUCCGCUAUGUAACACUUCCUGUGGUGAAACGACAGACUGCAUCCGCUAUGUAACACUUCCUGUGGUGAAACAACAGACUGCAUCUGCUACGUAACACUUCCUGUGGUGAAACAACGGACUGCAUCUGCUACGUAACACUUCCUGUGGUGAAACAACAGACUGCAUCCGCUAUGUAACACUUCCUGUGGUGAAACAACAGACUGCAUCCGCUAUGUAACACUUCCUGUGGUGAAACAACAGACUGCAUCUGCUACGUAACACUUCCUGUGGUGAAAUGACAGACUGCAUCCGCUAUGUAACACUUCCUGUGGUGAAACAACAGACUGCAUCUGCUACGUAACACUUCCUGUGGUGAAACGACAGACUGCAUCCGCUAUGUAACACUUCCUGUGGUGAAACAACAGACUGCAUCUGCUACGUAACACUUCCUGUGGUGAAACAACGGACUGCAUCCGCUAUGUAACACUUCCUGUGGUGAAACAACAGACUGCAUCUGCUACGUAACACUUCCUGUGGUGAAACGACAGACUGCAUCCGCUAUGUAACACUUCCUGUGGUGAAACAACAGACUGCAUCCGCUACGUAACACUUCCUGCGGUGAAACAACAGACUGCAUCUGCUAUGUAACACUUCCUGUGGUGAAACAACAGACUGCAUCCGCUAUGUAACACUUCCUUUGGUGAAACAACAGACUGCAUCCGCUAUGUAACACUUCCUGUGGUGAAACAAGACUGCAUCUGCUACGUAACACUUCCUGUGGUGAAACAAGACUGCAUCCGCUAUGUAACACUUCCUGUGGUGAAACGACAGACUGCAUCCGCUAUGUAACACUUCCUGUGGUGAAACGACGGACUGCAUCCGCUAUGUAACACUUCCUGUGGUGAAAUAACGGACUGCAUCCGCUAUGUAACACUUCCUGUGGUGAAACAACAGACUGCAUCCGCUAUGUAACACUUCCUGUGGUGAAACGACAGACUGCAUCCGCUAUGUAACAAUUCCUGUGGUGAAACAACAGACUGCAUCU